AUGGCUUCCACCCUGCUACAUUCGUGCUUUUCAGCGCUCCAUACUUCUCUCCUCAACCCUCUUUCCCUACUGCUUCUCUCCACCACACCUCAGAAGCACCAACCUAAGAUUUAUCCCUUACAGUCUCCCGUCUUCCAACAGGUCACGGCCGAGCUACAACUCGACUCUCACAGCGCGUACUGGUGGCACACGUCGGGAUUGCUCGUCAGCGCCUUGCUUGAAGAGGCCGGCUAUUCAUCUGCUGCACAGUAUCGCAUCCUUAUCUUCUUCGGCCGUACCAUCGCUCCGUACCUGGGGCCAGUUUACCUUCCUGAUCCGCAAUGGCACAGUUUCAUGACCGACGAUCACCAUCCCAUCGAACUCAGCUGGGACUGGCACACAGGCCACCACCAACCUCCUACCGUCCGCUUCUCCAUCGAACCUGUAGGCAUCCAUGCCGGCACCCCCACCGAUCCUGAGAACCAACAAGCCGACCUCUCCUUUCGCAAGGCUCUCACCGCAGCCCUACCCCUACCAGAUACCCACAUGGCCUGGUUCCAACACUUUGACCAUUUUCUGACACCCAAGACCCCAACGGGCACGAGGCUUAUGGAAGGCCACCCAUCCAAGAUCUUUUACGCUUUCGACCUUUCGGCCGACGCCGCCAUCACCAGCAAAGCCUACUUCUUCCCGGGUUUCCAAGCCCGCGCGACCCACCAGUCCAAUCUCGACGUGAUCAGCGCCGCCAUUGCCAGUGCCCCCGGUUGUACCUCCCUCGAGGCCCUACACACCUUCCAAGACUUUGCGCGCGACCCCCUGACCCCACCUUUGGAGAUGGACAUGUUAGCAAUCGACAAUGACCCGCCGGCCCAAUCGCGGCUGAAAAUCUACUUUCGUAACCGCGCUACGAGCUUCGCCUCCGUCCGUCAAAUGAUGACUCUAGGCGGCCGGCUAUCAGACAUGGAGGACGAAGACAUGGCCCGCGGGCUUCAGAACCUGCGGACCCUCUGGGACGCUCUUUUCGAUCAGGCUGGCGCGCCGGAGACCCAGUCUCUCGGCAGCAAGGGCCAUCGUACCACCGGCCUUCUCUACAACGUGGAAUUUCGCCCCGGACGAUCAGCGCUCAAGGUCAAGAUCUACAUCCCUGUUCGCCAUUACGCCCGCAGCGAUGAACAUACCAUGAAUACAGUGCACGACUAUAUGGUCACCCAGGGAGGAGGAAGUCCUUUGCGACGAGAUUACGGGACGGUUCUGCGGAAGAUGGUCCACGCGGACGCCCUGCACGAACGAGGCCUGCACACGUACAUUGGAUGCUCAAUCCAACCAGGUGGAGACCUGCGCGUGGUAUCCUAUAUAAACGGCCAAGGGCCGAAGCUGGUUAGUAGCGGCUGCGGCAGGGCCUGCUAA